AUGUCUCAUCACCCUUCCUGCUCUCCUAUCAUUUCUGUAUUGGUUUCUCCCUCUCCCCCCCUUCUCUCUGUGUCUUUCUCUCUCUCACUCCCGCCCUCAGAGAGGGUCGCAAUCAAGAUUUUGGAUAAGCUUCGGCUGGACAAGAAGUCUCAGUCUCUGUUUGCCACAGAGAUCAGCUGUAUGGAGAAGCUGUCCCACCCUAACAUUGUUCGUCUCUAUGAGGUGAUUGAGACCACCAAGCGCCUGUACCUGGUGAUGGAGUACGGUAGUGGAGGAGACCUCUACUCACGUAUCACCAACCGGGGGCGUCUGUCUGACCUGGAGACCAAGCUCAUCUUUGCCCAGAUCAUCUCUGCCAUCAAACACAUGCAUGACAACAACAUCGUCCACCGAGACCUGAAAGCAGAGAACAUCUUUUACACCACCAGCUACUGCAUCAAGGUGGGAGACCUUGGCUUCAGUAUCGUGAGUGCUCCAUCUGAAGUCCUCACCACGUUCUGUGGCUCCCCACCCUACGCCGCUCCAGAGCUCUUCAAAGACAAAGGCUACGUAGGUCGUUACGUGGACAUCUGGGCCUUGGGAAUCCUGCUCUACUUCAUGGUCACCGCCACCAUGCCUUUCCACGCCGACAACCUUGGUCGUUUGAAGCGCUGUAUCAUGCAGGGAGCCUACGCCUUCCCUGACUAUGUACCCAACCCCUGCCAACUGGCCAUAAAGGGCAUGCUGAGGUCCGUGCCCGCCGACCGUGACUCCAUCUCCCUGAUAAUGACCAGCACGUGGCUGAAGAGCAUUGAGUACCCUCGGGCGUACGCCCCCCUGCCCCAGACACCCUUUCACCUGGCUGAUACCUCCCAGGCCCUGUGUGUGGAGGAGCAGGAGGUGAAGUCGGCCCUGUCUGAUCUGGGCAUCAAGGGAGUCCACCUGCAGAACAACACCUAUACAGACAAUCGCAGCCCCCUGACGGGGACGUACCGUAUCCUCCUCCACCUCGUCCAGAAGAGGAGGUCUGUGGAGGCGGUGGGAUACGCAGCCCUUUACCCUGAGGACUUUGGCAGUAAGAACGGCAGGACGACCACUGCUGUUAUGGACAAGCACAACCCUACCAGUGUCUGUGUUAUCCUAUAGACCAGGGAUUUUGCAACAGAUUUUGAACCAGGGACUGGAAAAUUAUGGAUCUUCUCUUUGGAUUAAAACUAACAAUUUUGGUGUGCCACUUAUAUUGAAAUUGAACACUUGAGAAGUGAAGUUCUCCCAUAACUAUGAACUAUCUGAGGGACCUGUCAGCAACAUCUCAGGAACCAGUGCUGCUCCAUGGACCUCCAUGGAGGUUGAGAAAUAAUGCUACAGAGUCUGGCCUCCUGUAUAGCCAGGCUACACCAGAAGAGAAUGUAACCGAUGUGAAAUGGCUAGCU